AAUUAAAAAUAAUUUUGUGAUUGUGCACAACAUUAUUAUGAUGGACCCUAAAAAAUAUAAUAUUUUAACACUUUGCUUUUUACUUUUAAGUAUAAGUAAAUUUUCUUGGGCGGAAGAAAAGCCGAAAAUUCUUAUAGCAAGUACGGUUGUCCCAGAAAGUGUUUUAGAACUUCUAAAAUCAAAAUGUGCUUUGAUUUUAAUCAAGAAAGAAUCUAAAAACCACAUCCUAUCAAAAGUUCAAGGAGUCCAUGGAAUUUUUUGGGCCACCAAAACCCAUCUGGAUAAAGAAAUAAUAGAUACAGCUGGUCCAAAUUUGACCACAGUUUGCACAAUGUCAGCAGGAUACGAUCACAUUGAUACCAAAACACUAAAACUGAAAGGAAUCAAAUUUGCCAAUACUCCAGGUGUUUUAAAUGCAGCAGUUGCUGAUACAGCAGUUCUAUUGGCUUUGGCAGCUUCAAGAAGGUUACAUGAAGGAAGAGUAGAUAUGGAAAGUGGAAAUUGGAAAAAUGGUCUACAAACUAGAUUGGGGAUUGAUAUUUCGGGUUCCAUAGUUGGUAUAAUUGGUUUUGGGGGAAUUGGUCAAGCUAUAGCAAAAAGAUUAGCCCCUUUUGAAGUGUCACAGUUUUUGUAUACUGGACAUUCGGAAAAACCAGAAGCAAAAUCCCUCAAGGCAAAAUUGGUAGAUCUAGAAACUCUAAACAAAGAAGCAGACUUUAUUUUUAUCUCCUGCCCUUUGAAUAAUGAAACUAAAGGAAUGAUUAACAAAGACUUUUUUGGCAAGACCAAAAAAACCGCGGUUUUGGUGAACAUAGCCAGAGGAGAAAUAGUGGUGCAAAAAGAUCUCAUUAAAGCGCUGAAAAGGGGUAAAAUAUUUGCAGCUGGAUUGGAUGUUAUGACCCCAGAGCCUUUGCCAUCAGAUAGUGAACUUUUGAAAUUACCGAAUGUUGUUUUGACACCUCAUAUUGGAAGUGCUACAAAGAAAACUAGGGAACAAAUGGCAGAAUUAACCGCUCAUAAUAUGUUGAGGGGUCUUGGAGGGGAAAAUAUGAUCUCACCUGUUAAUUUGUAGAUACAAAUAUUUUAAAUUAAGUUAAUUAAAUAAAAUGAUUAAAAGUUAAAGUUAACAUUGUUGUUUUUUUUUAAAUAAAAGAAUUAAAAUUUCAAAAUUUUCAAUUUAAAUUUUAA